GUUCCUCCGUCAUGUGUAGUUGUAGCCAAAUUAUUUAUGGUUGUUUCUGUCUCUGCUGUCGUUAUGAUGGAUGUCAGUGUUACUGCUUCUGAACUGUCUGUUGUGGCAGUGUCACUGGAUGUAGUGGCUGAAUCCAGUGAGGUUACUUCCACACCAGGUGUUGUUGUACCAUCAUGUGCUAUAGUUGUUUCUAAGACAGGUGUGGUUGUUCCUGCAUCCUGUGUUGUUGCUUCCCAGGUUGGUGAUGUUUUCUCUACCUCUAAUGUUGUGGGAAGACUGAAUGUUGUUGCUACUCCACCGUCUGUUGUACUGGCAUGGACACUAGAUGUUGUGACAACAUCUGGUGUUGUUUCUGAAACAGCUACUGUUGUAGCUUCUUCAUGUGUAGUUAUAUCCAACCUUUGUGUUGUUGUUCCUCCAUCAUGUGUAGUUGUAUCCAAAUUCUCUUUGGUUGUUUCUGCCUCUGCUGUCGUUAUGAUGGAUGUCAGUGUUACUGCUUCUGAACUGUCUGUUGUGGCAGUGUCACUGGAUGUAGUGGCUGAAUCCAGUGAGGUUACUUCCACACCAGGUGUUGUUGUACCAUCAUGUGCUAUAGUUGUUUCUAAGACAGGUGUGGUUGUUCCUGCAUCCUGUGUUGUUGCUUCCCAGGUUGGUGAUAUUUUCUCUACCUCUAAUGUUGUGGGAAGACUGAAUGUUGUUGCUACUCCAUCGUCUGUUGUACUGGCAUGGACACUAGAUGUUGUUACAACAUCUGGUGUUGUUUCUGAAACGGCUACUGUUGUAGCUUCUUCAUGUGUAGUUAUAUCCAACCUUUGUGUUGUUGUUCCUCCAUCAUGUGUAGUUGUAUCCAAAUUCUCUUUGGUUGUUUCUGCCUCUGCUGUCGUUAUGAUGGAUGUCAGUGUUACUGCUUCUGAACUGUCUGUUGUGGCAGUGUCACUGGAUGUAGUGGCUGAAUCCAGUGAGGUUACUUCCACACCAGGUGUUGUUGUACCAUCAUGUGCUAUAGUUGUUUCUAAGACAGGUGUGGUUGUUCCUGCAUCCUGUGUUGUUGCUUCCCAGGUUGGUGAUGUUUUCUCUACCUCUAAUGUUGUGGGAAGACUGAAUGUUGUUGCUACUCCACCGUCUGUUGUACUGGCAUGGACACUAGAUGUUGUUACAACAUAUGGUGUUGUUUCUGAAACAGUUACUGUUGUAGCUUCUUCAUGUGUAGUUAUAUCCAACCUUUGUGUUGUUGUUCCUCCAUCAUGUGUAGUUGUAUCCAAAUUCUCUUUGGUUGUUUCUGCCUCUGCUGUCGUUAUGAUGGUUGUCAGUGUUACUGCUUCUGAACUGUGUGUUGUGGCAGUGUCACUGGAUGUAGUGUCUGAAUCCAAUGUUGUUCUUUCCAAAUCUGCUGUGGUUGUGCCAUCGUGUGGUAUCGUUGUUUCUGAGACAAGGGUGGUUGUUCCUGCAACUUGUGUUGUCGGGUCCCAUGUCACUCCUGUUGUCUCUGGUUUGGAUGUUGUUGUGGGAAGAAUGAAUGUUGUUGCUACUACACCGUCUGUUGUACUGGCAUGGACACUAGAUGUUGUGACAACAUCUGGUGUUGUUUCUGAAACAGCUACUGUUGUAGCUUCUUCAUGUGUAGUUAUAUCCAACCUUUGUGUUGUUGUUCCUCCGUCAUGUGUAGUUGUAGCCAAAUUAUUUAUGGUUGUUUCUGUCUCUGCUGUCGUUAUGAUGGAUGUCAGUGUUACUGCUUCUGAACUGUCUGUUGUGGCAGUGUCACUGGAUGUAGUGGCUGAAUCCAGUGAGGUUACUUCCACACCAGGUGUUGUUGUACCAUCAUGUGAUAUAGUUGUUUCUGAGACAAGGGUGGUUGUUCCUGCAACUUGUGUUGUCGGUUCCCAUGUCAUUGCUGUUGUUUCUGGUUUGGAUGUUGUUGUGGGAAGAAUGAAUGUUGUUGCUAUUACACCAUCAGUUGUACUGGCAUGAACACUAGAUGUUGUGACAACAUCUGGUGUUGUUUCAGAAACAACUUCUGUUGUACCUGCUUCAUGUGUAGUUAUAUCAAACACUUGUGUUGUUGUUCCUCCGUCAUGUGUAGUUGUAGCCAAAUUAUUUAUGGUUGUUUCUGCCUCUGCUGUCGUUAUGAUGGAUGUCAGUGUUACUGCUUCUGAACUGUCUGUUGUGGCAGUGUCACUGGAUGUAGUGGCUGAAUCCAGUGAGGUUACUUCCACACCAGGUGUUGUUGUACAAUCAUGUGCUAUAGUUGUUUCUAAGACAGGUGUGGUUGUUCCUGCAUCCUGUGUUGUUGCUUCCCAGGUUGGUGAUGUUUUCUCUACCUCUAAUGUUGUGGGAAGACUGAAUGUUGUUGCUACUCCACCGUCUGUUGUACUGGCAUGGACACUAGAUGUUGUGACAACAUCUGGUGUUGUUUCUGAAACAGCUACUGUUGUAGCUUCUUCAUGUGUAGUUAUAUCCAACCUUUGUGUUGUUGUUCCUCCAUCAUGUGUAGUUGUAUCCAAAUUCUCUUUGGUUGUUUCUGCCUCUGCUGUCGUUAUGAUGGAUGUCAGUGUUACUACUUCUGAACUGUGUGUUGUGGCAGUGUCACUGGAUGUAGUGUCUGAAUCCAAUGUUGUUCUUUCCAAAUCUGCUGUGGUUGUACCAUCGUGUGGUAUCGUUGUUUCUGAGACAAGGGUGGUUGUUCCUGCAACCUGUGUUGUCGGUUCCCAUGUCACUCCUGUUGUCUCUGGUUUGGAUGUUGUUGUGGGAAGAAUGAAUGUUGUUGCUACUACACUGUCUGUUGUACUGGCUUGGACACUAGAUGUUGUGACAACAUCUGGUGUUGUUUCUGAAACAGCUACUGUUGUAGCUUCUUCAUGUGUAGUUAUAUCCAACCUUUGUGUUGUUGUUCCUCCAUCAUGUGUAGUUGUAUCCAAAUUCUCUUUGGUUGUUUCUGCCUCUGCUGUCGUUAUGAUGGAUGUCAGUGUUACUGCUUCUGAACUGUGUGUUGUGGCAGUGUCACUGGAUGUAGUGUCUGAAUCCAAUGUUGUUCUUUCCAAAUCUGCUGUGGUUGUACCAUCGUGUGGUAUCGUUGUUUCUGAGACAAGGGUGGUUGUUCCUGCAACCUGUGUUGUCGGUUCCCAUGUCACUCCUGUUGUCUCUGGUUUGGAUGUUGUUGUGGGAAGAAUGAAUGUUGUUGCUACUACACUGUCUGUUGUACUGGCUUGGACACUAGAUGUUGUGACAACAUCUGGUGUUGUUUCUGAAACAGCUACUGUUGUAGCUUCUUCAUGUGUAGUUAUAUCCAACCUUUGUGUUGUUGUUCCUCCAUCAUGUGUAGUUGUAUCCAAAUUCUCUUUGGUUGUUUCUGCCUCUGCUGUCGUUAUGAAGGUUGUCAGUGUUACUGCUUCUAAACUGUGUGUUGUGGCAGUGUCACUGGAUGUAGUGGCUUGAUCCAAUGUGGUUACUUCCAUACCAGGUGUUGUGCCAUCGUGUGGUAUCAUUGUUUCUGAGACAAGGGUGGUUGUUCCUGCAACUUGUGUUGUCGGUUCCCAUGUCACUGCUGUUGUUUCUGGUUUGGAUGUUGUUGUGGGAAGAAUGAAUGUUGUUGCUAUUACACCAUCAGUUGUACUGGCAUGGACACUAGAUGUUGUGACAACAUCUGGUGUUGUUUCUGAAACAACUUCUGUUGUACCUGCUUCAUGUGUAGUUAUAUCAAACACUUGUGUAGUUGUUCCUCCGUCAUGUGUAGUUGUAGCCAAAUUAUUUAUGGUUGUUUCUGUCUCUGCUGUCGUUAUGAUGGAUGUCAGUGUUACUGCUUCUGAACUGUCUGUUGUGGCAGUGUCACUGGAUGUAGUGGCUGAAUCCAGUGAGGUUACUUCCACACCAGGUGUUGUUGUACCAUCAUGUGAUAUAGUUGUUUCUGAGACAAGGGUGGUUGUUCCUGCAACUUGUGUUGUCGGUUCCCAUGUCACUGCUGUUGUUUCUGGUUUGGAUGUUGUUGUGGGAAGAAUGAAUGUUGUUGCUAUUACACCAUCAGUUGUACUGGCAUGAACACUAGAGGUUGUGACAACAUCUGGUGUUGUUUCAGAAACAACUUCUGUUGUACCUGCUUCAUGUGUAGUUAUAUCAAACACUUGUGUAGUUGUUCCUCCGUCAUGUGUAGUUGUAGCCAAAUUAUUCAUGGUUGUUUCUGUCUCUGCUGUCGUUAUGAUGGAUGUCAGUGUUACUGCUUCUGAACUGUCUGUUGUGGCAGUGUCACUGGAUGUAGUGGCUGAAUCCAGUGAGGUUACUUCCACACCAGGUGUUGUUGUACCAUCAUGUGCUAUAGUUGUUUCUAAGACAGGUGUGGUUGUUCCUGCAUCCUGUGUUGUUGCUUCCCAGGUUGGUGAUGUUUUCUCUACCUCUAAUGUUGUGGGAAGACUGAAUGUUGUUGCUACUCCACCGUCUGUUGUACUGGCAUGGACACUAGAUGUUGUGACAACAUGUGGUGUUUCUGAAACAGCUACUGUUGUAGCUUCUUCAUGUGUAGUUAUAUCCAACCUUUGUGUUGUUGUUCCUCCAUUAUGUGUAGUUGUAUCCAAAUUCUCUUUGGUUGUUCCUGCCUCUGCUGUCGUUAUGAUGGUUGUCAGUGUUACUGCUUCUGAACUGUGUGUUGUGGCAGUGUCACUGUAUGUAGUGUCUGAAUACAAUGUUGUUCUUUCCAAAUCUGCUGUGGUUUUGCCAUCGUGUGGUAUCGUUGUUUCUGAGACAAGGGUGGUUGUUCCUGCAACUUGUGUUGUCGGUUCCCAUGUCACUGCUGUUGUUUCUGGUUUGGAUGUUGUUGUGGGAAGAAUGAAUGUUGUUGCUACUACACCGUCUGUUGUACUGGAAUGGACACUAGAUGUUGUGACAACAUCUGGUGUUGUUUCUGAAACAGCUACUGUUGUAGCUUCUUCAUGUGUAGUUAUAUCCAACCUUUGUGUUGUUGUUCCUCCAUCAUGUGUAGUUGUAUCCAAAUUCUCUUUGGUUGUUUCUGCCUCUGCUGUCGUUAUGAUGGUUGUCAGUGUUACUGCUUCUGAACUGUGUGUUGUGGCAGUGUCACUGGAUGUAGUGGCUUGAUCCAAUGUGGUUACUUCCACAUCAGGUGUUGUUGUGCCAUCGUGUGGUAUCGUUGUUUCUGAGACAAGGGUGGUUGUUCCUGCAACUUGUGUUGUUGCUUCCCAGGUUGGUGAUGUUUUCUCUACCUCUAAUGUUGUGGGAAGACUGAAUGUUGUUGCUACUCCACCGUCUGUUGUACUGGCAUGGACACUAGAUGUUGUUACAACAUCUGGUGUUGUUUCUGAAACAGCUACUGUUAUAGCUUCUUCAUGUGUAGUUAUAUCCAACCUUUGUGUUGUUGUUCCUCCAUCAUGUGUAGUUGUAUCCAAAUUCUCUUUGGUUGUUUCUGCCUCUGCUGUCGUUAUGAUGGAUGUCAGUGUUACUGCUUCUGAACUGUCUGUUGUGGCAGUGUCACUGGAUGUAGUGGCUGAAUCCAGUGAGGUUACUUCCACACCAGGUGUUGUUGUACCAUCAUGUGCUAUAGUUGUUUCUAAGACAGGUGUGGUUGUUCCUGCAUCCUGUGUUGUUGCUUCCCAGGUUGGUGAUGUUUUCUCUACCUCUAAUGUUGUGGGAAGACUGAAUGUUGUUGCUACUCCACCGUCUGUUGUACUGGCAUGGACACUAGAUGUUGUGACAACAUCUGGUGUUUCUGAACCAGCUACUGUUGUAGCUUCUUCAUGUGUAGUUAUAUCCAACCUUUGUGUUGUUGUUCCUCCAUUAUGUGUAGUUGUAUCCAAAUUCUCUUUGGUUGUUCCAGCCUCUGCUGUCGUUAUGAUGGUUGUCAGUGUUACUGCUUCUGAACUGUGUGUUGUGGCAGUGUCACUGUAUGUAGUGUCUGAAUCCAAUGUUGUUCUUUCCAAAUCUGCUGUGGUUGUGCCAUCGUGUGGUAUCGUUGUUUCUGAGACAAGGGUGGUUGUUCCUGCAACUUGUGUUGUCGAUUCCCAUGUCACUGCUGUUGUCUCUGGUUUGGAUGUUGUUGUGGGAAGAAUGAAUGUUGUUGCUACUACAACAUCUGUUGUACUGGCAUGGACACUAGAUGUUGUGACAACAUCUGGUGUUGUUUCUGAAACAGCUACUGUUGUAGCUUCUUCAUGUGUAGUUAUAUCCAACCUUUGUGUUGUUGUUCCUCCAUCAUGUGUAGUUGUAUCCAAAUUCUCUUUGGUUGUUUCUGCCUCUGCUGUCGUUAUGAAGGUUGUCAGUGUUACUGCUUCUAAACUGUGUGUUGUGGCAGUGUCACUGGAUGUAGUGGCUUGAUCCAAUGUGGUUACUUCCAUACCAGGUGUUGUGCCAUCGUGUGGUAUCGUUGUUUCUGAGACAAGGGUGGUUGUUCCUGCAACUUGUGUUGUCGGUUCCCAUGUCACUGCUGUUGUUUCUGGUUUGGAUGUUGUUGUGGGAAGAAUGAAUGUUGUUGCUAUUACACCAUCAGUUGUACUGGCAUGGACACUAGAUGUUGUGACAACAUCUGGUGUUGUUUCUGAAACAGCUACUGUUGUAGCUUCUUCAUGUGUAGUUAUAUCCAACCUUUGUGUUGUUGUUCCUCCAUCAUGUGUAGUUGUAUCCAAAUUCUCUUUGGUUGUUUCUGCCUCUGCUGUCGUUAUGAUGGAUGUCAGUGUUACUGCUUCUGAACUGUCUAUUGUGGCAGUGUCACUGGAUGUAGUGGCUGAAUCCAGUGAGGUUACUUCCACACCAGGUGUUGUUGUACCAUCAUGUGAUAUAGUUGUUUCUGAGACAAGGGUGGUUGUUCCUGCAACUUGUGUUGUCGGUUCCGAUGUCACUGCUGUUGUUUCUGGUUUGGAUGUUGUUGUGGGAAGAAUGAAUGUUGUUGCUAUUACACCAUCAGUUGUACUGGCAUGAACACUAGAUGUUGUGACAACAUCUGGUGUUGUUUCAGAAACAACUUCUGUUGUAGCUUCUUCAUGUGUAGUUAUAUCCAACCUUUGUGUUGUUGUUCCUCCGUCAUGUGUAGUUGUAGCCAAAUUAUUUAUGGUUGUUUCUGUCUCUGCUGUCGUUAUGAUGGAUGUCAGUGUUACUGCUUCUGAACUGUCUGUUGUGGCAGUGUCACUGGAUGUAGUGGCUGAAUCCAGUGAGGUUACUUCCACACCAGGUGUUGUUGUACCAUCAUGUGAUAUAGUUGUUUCUGAGACAAGGGUGGUUGUUCCUGCAACUUGUGUUGUCGGUUCCCAUGUCAUUGCUGUUGUUUCUGGUUUGGAUGUUGUUGUGGGAAGAAUGAAUGUUGUUGCUAUUACACCAUCAGUUGUACUGGCAUGAACACUAGAUGUUGUGACAACAUCUGGUGUUGUUUCAGAAACAACUUCUGUUGUACCUGCUUCAUGUGUAGUUAUAUCAAACACUUGUGUAGUUGUUCCUCCGUCAUGUGUAGUUGUAGCCAAAUUAUUUAUGGUUGUUUCUGUCUCUGCUGUCGUUAUGAUGGAUGUCAGUGUUACUGCUUCUGAACUGUCUGUUGUGGCAGUGUCACUGGAUGUAGUGGCUGAAUCCAGUGAGGUUACUUCCACACCAGGUGUUGUUGUACAAUCAUGUGCUAUAGUUGUUUCUAAGACAGGUGUGGUUGUUCCUGCAUCCUGUGUUGUUGCUUCCCAGGUUGGUGAUGUUUUCUCUACCUCUAAUGUUGUGGGAAGACUGAAUGUUGUUGCUACUCCACCGUCUGUUGUACUGGCA